GCUGUUUCCACUUCCGUCGCAUCGAGCUCGCUCUCUCCAAACCAGCUGGUUCCGGGUCUCUCGUGCCGCUGCUGUCCUCGUGUGAAGGUUGCGGUAUGAUGAGCGGGAGCACGAGCGCCGUGAUCGCCGGGGUGUGCGGGGCCGUUUUUAUCGCCUACUGUGUUUAUUUCGACAGGAAAAGACGGAGCGAUCCUCAGUUCAAACAGAAACUUCGAGAACGUGAGUGUUAAAACAAACAGACGGGUAAUAAAGGUGAACGUUCAGGUAACUUUGGGGACACGUGAGCGUGCAAGGACACCUCAGGCCGCAGGUUACAAACAGGGAAGAGUUUAUAGAGAUAAAAAAAAAUGAGUUUAAUAAUAAUGUUUGAUUCCGUAAAACAAAUUUCUAACCAGAAUUUACCCAGCAGCCUUAGCGAGGUUCUCCGAAAUUAGGCCAACUUUUUCAUAUAGAAAAAGUCCUGAAAAGUUUUUGUUUUCCAUCAAUUGCGCACAUGAUGGUUACUUAUCAGCACAGUAUAAUAAACUUGUUGGAACAGGUUAAUAACCCUUUUCAUACAGAUCACUAAACAGCACAAGUUAUGAUUUGAUAGGAUUAAGUUUAAACCUGAGAAAAGAACAGAGUUACGCAAGUGCACAAGGUCAUAUACUUGUUCCCCACCACUUCAUAAUUUGUCCGUACAAGAUUGUGAGCUUCUGUAAGAUUUGAAGGGAUAAUUGGACGUAAAAUUAAUUUAGGGUCAAACACACUGUAACACCAAGUUAGACACCCCCUCGAGAGAUGGAUUUUGUCGUCUGCUUGCUUCUCUAGUUAUACCGAAUUUACUAACGACCGCACGAUAGCAAUACACAGCGGUCGGAGGAGCCGUAAACAAACUUCAACCAAAACGCCACAAAUAAUGCUCAGAACAGCCCCAAACUUCAUCAACAGGACAUACAGGGCCCCAGCCAUCAAACAUCUUUUUAACUUUGCCCAAUUUCUUUAGCAAAGAUACUAAACACAACUUACUUACUCUCUUCCAGCAGUCGUUUGUUUGUAGCGAGACCUCGACCAGUCCAUUACAGACUACAGCAGGGUGCCGCAGCUCAAGGAAGAACAUUUAUGAUCAUUUCUUCAUGGAAAUACAAUCAGACUGAGAUGCUAAGGCAGAAGAACUACCACGUCUGCAGUGAAAAUGAUCAAUAUGGUGAUUAUUACUUCAAGGAAAUGAUAAAGUAAUGAUCAUAAAUGUUUGUCCUUGAGCUGCGUCACCCCGCUGCAGUUGAUGGACUCGCCCGGAGGUCUCUGUACAAACAAGCAGCUGCUGGAAGAGAAUAGGUGAGUUGUGUUUAGUCUCUUUCCUAAAGAAAUUAGUCAAAGUUAAAAAGAUGUUUGGUGGCUAGUACUAUGGCUGGGACCCGAUAUGUCCUGUUGAUGAAGUUAGGUGCUGUUCUGAGCGUUAUUUGUGGCUAUAGAGUGGCGUUUUGGUUGAGCACGUGGCUCUCUUUAUUGCUGUCAUGCGGUCGUUACUAAAGUUGGUGUAACUAGAGAAGCUAACUUGGUGUUACAGUGUGUUUGACCCUAACUUAAUUUUACGCCGGAAUAUCCCUUUAGUUUUCAUGCAGAAGAUGAUUAUAUCGACCCUGUAAGUUAAAUACUCCUGCUCUCAAGUUAUCUUGUUAGCACUGUCAUUUUAGCUCUGCACAUACAGUAACUAUCAAUAAACAAAAAGUACACCCAUAAUCAUCCUCUUCUGAACAUAGAAACACUGAGGUUUUUUGUGCUCUUAAUUUUGAUCUAUACUCAGAAAAUAGGGUCAUUAAAAUUCAGGGACAUUUGUCCUUCUACGGAAAAUUGUUGUGGCGUUUGUAACUUACCGUGUCUGAUUUGACCUUCUGUCUUGCAGGUAGAAGAAAACAAAAAGCGCCUGCUACGAAGUCUGGACAGGCAAAGGUAAAAAGAGCUUUAGAGCCGUUGAUGUCAUGUCUGUGUAUCCUCGUGUAAAGCUGUGAAAAUGCAGUUCUUAUCCCUAAUAUCUGUUUAUUUUAAAGCUACCGGACCUGGCAGACGCUGAGGCUGUUCAGAAAUUCUUCCUGGAUGAAAUUCAGCUCGGGGAGGAGCUCCUAUCACAAGGUUUGUAACAUGACUUUUAAUCUGUAGAUAUUAUCUUUAUGUUGGAACCAUCAUUUAAACAAAUUAACAUUCAAUAACAGUUAUUUCAGAUGUUACGCAAACAAAAACCACAAAAUUGGUCUUUAUUAAUUUUUAUCUUCCAACAGGGGAAUUUGAGAGAGGUGUGGACCACCUGGCCAAUGCCAUUGCAGUAUGUGGUCAGCCUCAGCAGCUGCUCCAGGUUCUCCAGCAGACACUCCCACCUCCUGUUUUCCAAAUGCUGCUCACCAAACUGCCAACCAUCAGCCAGGUGAGCAAUAAACUCUUAGUGAAAUGUGUCGAGGAGCCCCACCACCACCACGUUAGUUUCAGAGCAUUCUUAAGAAACCCCCCAGUUGCUCUCUGUGAUUUCUGGGACAAGAAAGGAUGCAAGAGAAAUCUUAGAAUCAUCCAAAGCUGAGAGCUGAGUGUCAGUAGCUCUCGGCUAUUUCACCUCUAAGACAGAAACACUGACGCUGCAUUCAAGUGGGAUCAGGAAAAGUUAUGCACGGAUUGUGUAAUUGCUGCCUGUGCUGCUGUCUUGGCCAGGAAACCCCUGAAAAGAGAUUUUAUAUCUGCAAAAAAAUCUUGCAGUAAUAAUCAGGCCUUAGUUAUCUUGUAGUGUGUACCACAUUUCAUCGUUUUAAAACCAGAUGUUCUUUCUUGUUUUCCAGCGAAUCGUCAGCUCACAAUCGUUGACAGAAGAUGACGUGGAGUGAAAGCGUGAUCUGCGUUGCUGCAAUAUUUAAAAGGAUUUGUACACUUUCUGAUGCAUUUGAAUGCAGAUGUGUGUGUGUGAGAGAGAAAGAGACAGAAAGUAAGUUAUGAGCCUGAUUGUGACAAGGCUCUACAUUUGCACAUCAUCCCUCCUCGCUAUGGCACUCUUAAAGCUUCAGUUCAGGGUAAACACAUUCCAACUGUCUGAAUUAACUUAUUUAUGUGCCUCCAUAUGAACUGUCCGUCUUCUCAUGUUUUGGGUUCACACUCAUGUAAAACUUCGUAAAAUCAAAACUGGACCUGUGAGAUGUAUAUAUGAUUGUCUGCACUCAUUUUUUUUUUUAAUUUCUCUGUGGCCGUAUAACCGAAAUAUUUUCUAUAUUCCAGUUUUUCUUACUAUGAUGUAUUUUUGUGUGUAAAAUCCAACAAUAAAACAUGAAAACACUCGA